GAAAGAAAACAAAUUGCGGAGAAGCAAAACCAAGUGCCGCAGUUCAAUACAACAUAAGCGGCUUCAUAGUGAAAAAAAAACAAAAAAGAUGGAAAGAAAGGGAGAAAAGGAAGAAGAAGAUAUAGUUUGCUUAGAUGGAUCUUUCUUCAUCAAUGACAAUUACCAGCUAGCUGAAUUCACAUUCGGUUCUCAAGUGAUCAAGCUGCUUUGUCUCCAAUCUGCUUCUACCGAUUUUGAUCUGACCGGGCAAUUGGUAUGGCCUGGGGCUAUGCUUUUGAAUGAUUACAUUGCAAAUAAUGUUAAGCUACUCCAGGGAUGCUCUGUUAUUGAAUUAGGUUCUGGUGUUGGUAUUACUGGUAUACUAAGUAGCAGAUUUUGCCAUAAAUUUGUGUUAACAGAUCAUAACGAUGAAGUAAUUAAGAUCCUGAAGAGAAACGUAGAGUUGCAUGCAUCUAAAGAGAAUCAUAACUCUCGUGCUGAAUUAAUGGUUGAGAAACUAGAAUGGGGAAAUUCUGAGCAGAUUUGUCAUAUUUUAGAAAACCAUGCCAGUGGAUUUGAUCUUAUUCUUGGAGCUGAUAUCUGCUUUCAACAAUCGAGCAUACCUUUGCUUUUCAGGACAGUGAAAAAACUCCUUGAAGUUAGAGGCCAAGGACAAUGCAAAUUCAUACUAGCCUACAUAUCCCGUGCUAAGUGCAUGGAUUUAAUGGUUCCAAAUGAAGCUAAGCAGUGCGGCUUGCAGAUAACUGAAGUAGUUGGGACUCGGCGUGCUGUUAGUAAUCUGGAAGGAGUUAUCUUUGAGGUGACCCUUCAAGAAGGUUUAAGCCAUUUUUAAGUCGGUUGAAGGGAAGUAGUUUUAAUUUCAUGAACUUUUGGUGUUAUUUGAGAAGUUGCUGAUAAUGUCAAAGUUGGUAUUGUGAGAAGUGAGAUCAACCACCAUAGAUCAGAAACUAUGAAACAUUAAAAAUAAAGUAUAGAAUGGGGAUAUCACGCUAACACAAUUGAGCAAUUCGAGCCCUUUAUCACAAUAAUGGGGCCUACUUGAGGCUCACUAAGAUGGAGGGCUGGGACCCAAUGCAAUUGUGCUUACCAUUUUUUUUUCCACAUGAAAAUUUCUUCCUUUGGGAGCAAUUUUUUUCUUGUUUUACCUUGAUUUUAUGGAUAUUCAAUUAUUAUGAAAAGGGGUUUUGUGGAGAA